UACCGCAGGACAACAAAACAACCCGGCAGCAGGCACUGAACUCUUGGCAGCUGUCUGGGCGAGAGACGCAGCCAUGGGCUCCGUGCUUAGCAGCGAUAGCGGCAAAUCCGCCGCCGCCUCGGCCGCCCCGCGGGCCCUGGAGCGCAGGGGGGACCCGGAGCUGCCCGUCACGUCCUUCGACUGCUCCGUGUGCCUCGAGGUGUUGCACCAGCCCGUCCGGACCCGCUGUGGCCACGUAUUCUGCCGUUCCUGUAUCGCUACCAGUCUAAAGAACAAAUGGACCUGCCCUUAUUGCCGGGCAUAUCUUCCUUCAGAAGGAGUUCCAGCAACUGAUGUAGCCAGAAGAAUGAAAUCAGAGUACCAGAACUGCGCUGAGUGUGACAGCCUGGUUUGCCUCAGCGAAAUGAGGGCACACAUAAGAUCUUGUCAGAAGUAUAUAGAUAAGUAUGGACCACUGCAAGAACUUGGGGAGACGGCAACAAGGUGUGUGUGUCCAUUUUGUCAGAGGGAACUGGAUGAAGACAGCUUGCUGGAUCACUGUAUCACUCAUCACAGAUCAGAAAGGAGAUCCGUGUUCUGUCCACUCUGCCGAUUACUACCUAAUGAAAAUCCAGGCAGCUUCAGUGGCAGUUUAAUAAGACAUUUGCAAGUCAAUCACACUUUGUUUUAUGAUGAUUUCAUAGAUUUUAAUAUAAUUGAGGAAGCUCUUAUCCGAAGGGUUUUAGACCGGUCACUUCUGGAAUAUGUGAAUCACUCAAACACCACAUAAUUUUAUUCAAAGGAAAGGAGAGGAGACCAUUCAAUUGCACCAUUUGUUAAGAUGCUGCUCGAACAAUUGGAGGGAAAUUGUCAAUGUUCGAUGGGCAAAAAUGUACAACACAGUUAUAUGUUUGUCUAUGUUUAUUGUUAUAUUGCAUUUUAAAACUGCUUUCAUUGGGAUGGUUUAAAUCUGUUUUACAUUCUUGACUUUCUUAGACACUUAACAAAAAAUAGUCUCCAUCAGCCACCAAGGUAUAGAAGAGAACAUGAGGCAGGAUAUGUGGGUGAACGAUCUUUAUUUGCAAAUUGGAUGAUACUAUGUGUAAUGCUAUAGAUUAAUAACUAUCAUCAUAGUUGGGCAAGAUAACUUAUAUUUGUUCUAUGUAAAAAGAUAGAGAAUGAAACCAAGUAUGGACAUUCAAGGAAACCUGAAAUCUGCUCUAGUGCUUAUCUAAUCUCUAACAGAAUAAUAUGGGUAGCCUUGUAUCAAAGUAGGAAAGGAAAAUCUUGGAAGUCAACAAAGUCCGCUUAACCAAAUUAUAAAACAUAAUACUGUAAACAAAGUAAAUGUGUUAACAAUGUAUACUUAAUCCUUUGACUUUUUAUAACUAUGCACAAUAAGAAUUUAGUAUUAUAUUUUUCAAAUAUUUGUAGCUUAUUAUUUAGAAAUAUUUCUAUAAUAUAGGUAAUUUCUUAAAGACCUUUAGCUGAUAUUUAUAGAAGUGUUCAUAUUCAUAAUUUUUAGUGGAAAAUCCUAAGGGCUUUGAUUUUUUUUUUACUUUUAUCUUUUAGAAAAAAUAAAAUAUAAAUACUGAAAACCAAACAGAAAAUGUAGGAAACAGUUUUAGAACUCUGCCAGCCACUCUGGAUGUCCUCUGUGUAUCCACUCACAGUUAUUAGCUGUCUUCCACAGGAGUAACCACUACAGUGAUAUCAGUACCUAAGUGUGUAUUUUUAAUCUGUAGGUUUUUCCUUUUCCUUAAAAUGUAUUAUUAGUUAAGAACUUGGUCUGGAUAGAGUUAUCCACAGCCUGUAUUUUUCUGUUUGUAUACUCAUGGUGCAAUUCAGCAUGUUCCUCUUUCCUCUGAAUAUUGACACAUGGAUCCAAAUAUAAUAGACUCAGGUUUAAUCCUUUUUGGCAAGAUUAUAGGUCAUGGUGUGUUCUUUCAUCAGAGGGCACACAAUGUCUGGUUCUCUCUUUUCGUGAUGUCAGCUGAAAUUGAUACUCAAUGCCUUGAUCCAUUGAUUUAUUGUGAGUUGGAGGAUAUUCUAACCCUAUCAUUUCUCUUUCAUUUAUUAGUUGGAACAUUUUAUAAAGAGAUGUUUCCCCACAUCUACUAUUUGGUUGACCAACGGUCAGAUUUGUAUAGGAAAGGGAAAGUAAAUGUUUGUAUUUUCCCUUUAUUUACUAAUUUUCAAGAUAAUAAACUUGUUUCCUAUUUCUUCCAGAGAUCACUUUUUCUUUUUCUUUUUUUUUUUUCAGUGUUAUGAACUCAUGGAUUCAAACAUGUUUGAUAGGCCUCAACCCAUUUCAAAUAUUACCUUAUUGAAGUUCAAAUUGUCCCAUAUCUGGCUAUUGGGAGCCACCCCAAGUUGGUGCUGAGUCGUUUUGACACUACACUAGCCAUCUUUAAUAGUUUCCUUGCUAUCUCAGAAGAUCCAGGCUCAACUUGUGUGUUAUUUGCCCCAGACCUGGAAUCAGCCAUCUCUCUAAAAAGCUUGGUUACUUUCAGUGAGAAAUGGCAUUUCAAAAUCAUAAUCAGGACUCUAUGCAUGCUCAUUGCUAGUAGCUUAGUCAUGGUUUCUAGGAGAGAGCUAGGAAAUACCUAUUUUUUUUCACAAGAUAAGACACUUUCUGAGUUUAUUGUAAAACUUCCAAGUCAAGUUGAGUACUACAGGGAUUUUACUUAAUCCUUCCGGUUACUACUAUAUCUCCAUUUUUCUACACCGAGAAUCUUGGUUUUCAAGAACACAGGGCAUGAUAGAGUUAGACUAUCCCACAAUUAUUCACUUCCUUUAUUUACCUUACACAUGCAGCAGCCUCAGAAUAACAACGCUAAAACCACCAUCACCAAUAUGGUAACUGAAACAAUUAAAAUUUUUUCAUUUGCUCUACCCAUUCUCUAUUUUUAAAAGUCAUACUAUGUCAGCAUUUCCAGAACAUAUUGGUAUAACAUACUAUACUGUCUCCCUUCUAUCCCCCAUUUAGUCUUACUUCUUCAAAUAACUAUAUAUAUAGUGCUUGUCACUGGUGGUUACCUGAUGACUCUGUUUUUUCAUAUCUGGAUCUUUAAUGACGAAUCCAGGACAUAGAAUGAUGUUUCUAUAUUGAAAGGAAGAAAAGGAAGCUAUGAAGACUAGUGAUAACAACUGAGGAUAAAAUAUUUGGCUAUACUUAGCUUUUUAACUGUAAUCAUUAUAAACUUUGUUUCUUACACAUAAAUGUAGUCAUAAUCACGCUGCCCCAAAUGUUUUAUAAUUAUCCAUUCCUUCUUUAAAGUCUUGCUUACUAUUCUGCCAUCCUCUGUGAGGUAAUUAGAAAAACAUAAAACCGGAUGAAAUCUAGAGGGCCUUAUUUCCUCCCUUUUAGAUACUGGCUUCAAGCUUGCUUUUUACAGCUGCAAACAAGUAGGAAGAGGUUUUUAGUUUCACAAGCUCUUGUCCUGCAAUUUGGAUGGACCAUCCAAUAAAGCAAAACCUGCUAGACGACAAGUACAAAAAGAGAGGCAUUUUUCAAAGAUAACCAGACUGAAAAUCUAGUCCCUAAAAAAAAA